CGAGUGCCCCAGAUAUCCCGCAUCGACGCGACCAACGCGGCGGUGGUCGAGAUGAUGCUGGCCACGGGAACGACGGUGCAGCUCAAGACAGCUGCGCAGUUGGUCAAAGAACGCCGCAUUGACUUUCGCCGUGCUCAGAAAGCGUCCAACGCCGGUAUGUCGGUGACGAAAGCUGGAGCAUCGACGGCGUCCGCCAAAGCGUCAAAAGCGACAGCGGGCGCCAUUGUCGCCGUCGACGACAUCCACGCCUUGGUGCGAUGGGCUCAGCCCCGAAAGAUUGGUCCAGGCCUCAUGAACCUCGGCAACACGUGCUACCUCAACUCGGUGCUGCAGUGCCUCGUGUAUUCACCUGCGUUUGCCCAGUACUUGAUCCCUCGUGCAACCAACCAACCUGCCACAAAACACAUCACGCCACAUGCGGGCGGCAGUCCAUUCCAUGCAGAGAAAGCAAUGGCCCGCUUCCUCUCCCUCAUGCAUUCUCCGACAGCGCCACGCGUCAUGCAACCUCGUGACAUCGUUGUGAACCUGAAGCAGAUUGCAAAGGGAUUCCGAAUCGGACGGCAAGAAGACUCGCACGAGUUCUUCCGCCACCUCAUGGAUGCGCUGCACAAAGCUUCGCUCAGGCAGGCUGGGCUGACUGACAAAAGUCCGCUUGCGAACUCGACGCUCGUGCAUUCGGUGUUUGGCGGAACUCUACGCAGUCACGUCCAAUGUGCCAAGUGCAAGUAUGUUUCAGAGCGCGUCGAACCAUUCCUCGAUUUGUCUCUGGAAGUGUCGUCUGGCAUCUCUUCAAUCAGUGCCGCACUAGCCCACUUCACGGCGGUGGAGACGCUGGACGCGGCGAACGCGUGGAAAUGCAGCGGGUGCAGCCAGCGCAGCAAAGCGAGCAAGGGUCUCAACGUCCACGACAUCCCCAACGCGCUCGUCCUGCAUUUAAAGCGCUUUGAUGCGUUCCAUGGGAAGCUGAAAAAGCACAUCGAAUUCAGUGAAACCCUCAACUUGAACAAUGGCGGCGCCAAGGGCGGCCGGAUCUUGUCCAAGCCCCACGAGUACGCUACGUACGCUCUAACAGCGGUCCUCGUCCAUGCCGGGUCGUCGCCCGACUGCGGCCAUUACUACGCGUUUGUGAAGAGCCCAGCUGGCACGUGGCACGAGAUGAACGAUGAGACUGUCCGAGUCGUCAACAUCCACACGGUGCUCCAGCAGCGUGCGUACAUGCUAUUCUACUCGCGGCAGCUGCCGCCUCCAGUCGUGAAGUCCAAGCCGCCAGUGGCUCCCGUGAAAGCGAAUAUGUCUGAAUUCCCGGCAAAGCUCACGACAUCGCCGGCAGUUCCCACUGCCAGCGACGAUGGCGAAACAUCCCAGGAAAGCAUGAGCGGGGAUGACGAAAACUAUUCUCUCCAACACAGGAAGGUAGCCCGUGCUUCCGUUGCAGAGUCAUCGUCUCCCGUGAAGGGCAUUCAGAAGGAAAAAGGUCCCGUCCACUUCCUCCAGAAACCCACGCGAAGUGCAUAUGGCCCAGUUUUCCUUGGACGGCUGUGGAGGCAUCAUCGGUUCCAUGCGGCGGCGUGGAAGCGGCAUGGGGUGCCUCAUUCGUCGGGCGAGGUAUUCCCGGCGGCCGUCGAGAAGAGUGAGAACGGGGGUGCUGAAGCAUCGACGGAUCCCUCUCGGCGGCCAGUCGAACAGCACGUUGUGAUCAAGGCCGGCUUCCGGCCGCACGCCAAGUUUCAAAACAGCUUGCUGUCGGCGGACGUCCCACAAUGGCGCGACGACGACGAAGACGUGUCAGCAGACCUCCAGAUCCAACACAACCAAAAAGUCCGCCAGUUGAACGCGGAGCUGUGGCAGGCGAAGCGCAGCAAGCAGCUCGACUUCUGGGACCAGACCCUCGACCAAGGCAAGCUGAAGAAGGUCAAGAAGCGAAAGGAGUUUGUGUCGAACGAAGGCAAGGCGAACCAGUUCCAACGAGUGCUCGACGCGAAAAAGCCCAAACGAGUGUAACAUAGUCCCAUCCAUGGAAGUUCCUUGCAGGC